AAGACGCGCGAUGCUCGAUAUCGAGAUCCGUGUGAGUUAAAAAUAUUAUCCAAAUUUAUUACCGAGCUUAUCGAGAUUUAUAUUUAAGAAAAUACACGCGCGAAUGUGCGUGACGUUCUGUUUUGAAAAUCCUUUCCUUACAAAAGAAAAAUUCUCACUUUUUUUUUCGAGGUCUACGAAUCAUCGAUGAUUCACAUCCAUAUGUAAGCGUUAACGAAUUCGACAGCGCGGAAGAGAGUGAGAGAAAGCGGCUUGUCAAUCAGUCUCUUUAUCGCAAAAAAAAGUCGACGAGUUUCUUUCGAUUAAAAGAAAAGUCGACGUAGUAUUCUUUUCUCGUCUUUUUUCCUUUCUUUUCUUUUCUUUUCUUUUCUUUUCUUUUCUUUUCUUUUUUGACACUUGACGAUCUUCAGACUGUGUACGAUAGAUUUUGACAGGUUGGUCGUCUUGGCGAGCGAUUAUCUCCCGGUUGUGAUCGAAGGCGAAAGUUUUCGUAGAGUAUCGCGGAUCGCGACGGAGAAAAUUCCUUGGACGAGAAAGAGCACGGAUAACGGAUUGUCCCGUUCGGAUCGGUUCGGUUCUCUCUCCCUUUUUUUUUUUUUUUUUUUUUUUUUCCUCAAAGAAUCUUGGCGCGGCAAACGACGAACGACGAACGACGAACGACGCAGCGCGUAUUUAGCGGACGGAAUCGCAGAUCGCAGACGUGACAACGAAGGUCGCCAGUAGACACGUGGCACGCGCUACGUAUCUAUUUGGUCGCGUAUAGUCGUGUAUUGAUUCACCACGCGCGUCCUCUGAACCUAUAUACCGCCAUGUUGGAUACCGAACCGAUGACAAAUUCAAUCCGCCUCUCCGCACUAAUUUCGCAGAUCUUCACCGUGCUGAUCCGUGUGCUCAAAUAGCAGUGGACUUGCGAGCGAGAGAAGAGUAUAAAACACGGAGAGAGCCCUGUGGAGCCAAUAAGCAGCUGCAGGGACGAGCAUGGCUUUGUGCCAACGGUUGGUCGCUGGGGCAACGAAUGGCCGAGUUGACUCGAGACGGCAGAGAUAUGGUGCCAGCCACAGGGGCAGGCACGCGGGCCCUGGAUCAGGGGUGUUCCGCUACCCCUGCCGGUCUGGGCCCAUUACGAGUCACCAGCCCUGACCGUUUCCACGGUCGAACAGUAUGAGGAAUUAGCAGGCAGCGUUGAACUUGAAACGCAACGCUUAUUGCGUGAGCAUCGCUAUGAUACUAUUGGUAAUUUCCUCAGGUUCUAUAAGGACUAUAUUGCAAGCGGAGAGAAAGCACUGGAUCGAUUUUACCGAAAAUAUCAGCCUCUAAUAACACAUGAACACCAUACUUGCGUCGGUCUUGGAUUUGAAUUAUUACAUCGAUUAACAGAUUUGAACAAGCGAUUCCCAGGAAUAGCGAGUGGCCUCUACUUAGUAUCUUGUGAAGAAACGAUUGGAGAUAUCGCCGGUUAUGUCGGUGGUCCACCAGCGGCAGAUAGCGGCGAAAAGGAGCAUGUAUUAGUGUGCCUGAAAAUCGAGAUUAGCGGACGUCGCGGCGUCAUGCUACUCGAUCCCGGUUACCAUGUUGCGCGCGUUAUCACUGUGAUGGCCGAUAAGUUAUACCCUCAUACAGGCUGGUUCACGCAAUCCGAUGAGCCGACUUGCAAGAAAGAGUACAAUUACUGUCUGUGCGCUGACGAUCCUGAUUAUGUCGAAUGGCAUGAAAGAAAAAUUCAACCUGGUGCCUUGGAGAGAACGCAAGUCGCUCUCAUUUAUGUGGCAAGGCCAUAUUUAACUGCCAUUGACGUUACGGAGCGUAGAAACUUGGUUUAUAAUCACAGAAGUCUCCUUGCCAGAGAUACUAAGGGUCAUGUUACUGCCGGCAUAUAUUUCUCCGUUAUACUAGACAUGAACGACGCACAGACCUUCACAAUUUUCUAUCAGACUGGUAAUGGGAAAAAGCGAGUCAAGAUGGCAUUUAAUAAAUUUUGCGAUUCAUAUAAGGUAAGUCCUAACGCUGAGGAAAUAGAGAUAUUAGCGGAAUGCGCACGACAACUUGACAUUUCGCAAGAUGCUUUGAAGGACAUACUCUUUGCCCUAGCUGCAAUCAUGAGCGAUUCGUCAUUUGUGGCGCAACUAUUGGCUAUUAAUGCGAGAAUCAACACCUUAGCAGAGGCAAAUUAACAAACAGAGGUUAUUCUACCCAACAUAGCGUCACAACAUUAUGUUUCAUUAUUUUUUUGCCAGCUUUCCUCAUGUUCUUUUUCUUUUAUAUAUUAUAUAUUUUUCAUACUUUAUUAUCUGUUCUUUUACUUGUGGUUACAUUUUAUUACAAUGUUUGUAUAUCUGUAAAUAUACAAAUGAGUCAUGUAAUCUUGUAAAAAGUACUUUUACACAUAUAGAUUAACAAGAUAAAUUGAUUUAAAUGUAAAAAAAAAAAACAAUUAUUUAAAUUAAUUAAAAAGAAAAUUACACAAAUUGCAUGUACAAAUUGUAUAUUGUACAUCGAUGCACAAAAAUACGAUCGCCGAAAUUUAUUAUUGUACAUAAAACUAUUAAUCAUCAAUUCCAUAAGAGAUAUGUCUCGUUUGAAUUACAUGACUCAAAUUUGUAUAUAACAAAGCAUUGUUUUCUUAUGACUCGUAAAAAAAUUUUUUCCAAAUUUCUGCCACUGAUAUUGUAUUUUAUUUACAUAUGCAUUUCAAUGAAAACAUUAACAUAUGUGAUCAAGUGGCAUGUUUAUAAAGCACACAUAUAUGAUUUUAAGUUUAAUAAUUUUAUAUUUGUUUCUUUUGUUCAGAAUACAGGCAAAGCCUAAUAAUCUAAUUUUAUGUUAAGAUACAUUUAAAGUGUUUUUAAAUAUUACUUCGCUUUUUUAUAUUUUACUAUUUUAUUUUACUUGGAUACUAUAAACUUUCAUAUGCUAUAUGCUCAUAUAUUAGCAUUCUAUGCUAAUAUAAUAGAUCAGUGUGAUAAUAUUUUCAUUGAGUAAUUGAACUAAAGCAAAUUAUAGAUUACUAUAUAUUUAUGUAGGUGGGACUACACUAAAAUUGUAUUUAUACAAGGGAUGAUUUUGUUUUAUCAUUUCUUCUUUAGAAUAAUAUACUAUGUAUGUAUAUCUUUCAAUUGUGAACAGUAAAUUGACUUUAUUUGAAUAAAUGAUUUGACAAACAA